AUGAAAAUUGAAGGUAAGGCUAUGAUGGCCUAGAAAACCGCCCGAAAAACUAGGCCAUACAUUUGUGGACGUGGCCUAGCUUUUCCUCCCGGCCAUGGCCACAAAGCUACUUGCUUUUUUGGCGUUUUUCGAUCCGUAAUCCCUCUGGACCAAUUUUUCACCGAAAAAAGAAAAAAAGAGCCGACGCAUCCAAUUUCGCCCGCCGGGAAACGCGCUAAAAGUGUACUUUAAUGCUUUUGGAGCGGCCGGCGGGAACACAUUUAGAGGUUUGCAAUUUCAAUUUCAAUUUAAAUUUGGGACCGGACGAAAAAGUAAUUACUUUUUGUCUCCCCGCGGCUGGAGCCGCAGAGACCACGUCAUUUUAUGGGUUGAAUUCAAUUAACUGGGACACUGGGACACUUAUCCACGGGGGCCGGACUAACUUUCUCCUUAGAGUUUUCUAGGCCACCACCACCAUAACCCUUGAUUUCAGUGGUAUCGGCGGUGCCGCACUCGACAGUCCACUCGGCGGUGCUCUCGCGACGUCAUCGCUCCGUCAUUUGUGCCGGACCCUACGAGAUAUUGCCGCUCGAGACGUGCUUUGAGCCGGUGAGUUCAAAGAGUGAUGUAUCUCGGUUGUGGGUAGAGAUGGCAAAAAGUGGUCAACUGAUAAAAUGUGCACAAUUUUCUGGUAAACAUUUUACUAGUUGACAACUUUUUCAUAUCUCCACGGACCGCUGAGAUAGAUUGCUUUGAAUAAACGGUCCUUUCCGGAUCCUUGCGUUCUGCACAUGGCCUCACCCAUUAUUCAUCAUUUUUCCUCUUUUCUCUCCAUCUCUAACACUCUUCCAUUCGCCCUCCCUCGGUCCCUUUUGGACGGCGGUCAUUAGGCGGCUGCACGAGCCGGUCCCUUUUAGUUGAGCGCAAUGAGUUCGGAAUGAGUUAUAUAGUCGCGUAGGGUUGGUGGCCUAGAACUCUCCACUUGCAAAACCUAGUCCCCCACGGAUCCUCCGGAUCCCUAGAGACUGCUUUCUCUUGAUCAGAUACCCGCUUUUGAAUGGCACUUCCCUUGUUUAGCUUUUCAACAUUCGAUCGAGAAAAGAUCAAUCAUCAAGAUACGGGGGGAACCCAUUUUCACGCGAGAUUUUGAACGGAUAAUAGCGGGAGAGGGUCGACGAGAAUACGGUUCGAUAAGCAGCGAAACGAGAGAUUAUUGACGCCUCGAUAAGUGUGCCGAAAAGCGGAUUAUUCUAGUUGUACUAGGUGACUAGCAGAGUUGAGCGGAAAAACUCAACGGAAGAAAGGGGAAGAAUUUUUAUCUUUUUUAGAAAAAUUUUUCAGGAAAUGUGAUCAACUGACGAAAUGUAUAACAAAGUGAACUCUGCUCAUAAAAAAAUAUUUGUAAAUUUAGCUUUUCAUACAAAAAAGUUAUUCGAGUUGUUGCGUUGGCCCUUUUUUUCACGGAACAACUCAAAUAACUUUUUUGUAUGAAAAAUUAAAUUUACAAUUAUUUUUCUAUGCGCAGAGUUCACUUUGCUAUACAUUUCGUCAGUUGAUCACAUUUCAUGAAAAAAUUUUCUAAAAAAGAUAAAAAUUCUUCCGUGUUCUUCCGUUGAGUUCUUCCGCUCAACUCUGGUGACUAGGUGUACUAAGCCAUCAAUCUAGACGAAACUAGUGCCGGAAAGACAGUGGCCUAGAAUUUAUCCAAGGAAGAGUUAGGCCAAGUAAGUAAGGGAACAAUGAGGAUGCAAGAGAGAGAGAUGGCCUCGAAUCCGUCAACCGAAAAGUCAGGCCACUUUACAACAGUUUUUGCAGCUGCCGAGCACGUCGACGCUCUCCGAAUUCCCGAUCGAAUGUCUUCAGUUGUCGACCGACGAACGGACGAUCGGAGUGGCGACGAACGCGAUUUUGAAGGUCGCCGACAUCACCACAGGUACUUUGAAAUCCCGGCCUACUGUCUGUACGUACCGUAAUCCUCUCAGGCCGUGAAGUACGAAACCUGACGGGCCACACCCUGCCCGUCACCUCGUUGGCCGCUAGUAAGUUCUCGCCGUACGGCUGGUACACGGGCUCGUCGGACUGCAGUUGGACCCAAUGGGAUACCCGGAUGCACCAGUCGAAAGUGAGAGAGGAGCGCGGCGUGUGCGUCGAAAAACCAAAUAUUGUAGGUUUACGGCUCCAAAGCCUCCGGGGUCUGCCGAAGUUUGGCCCUAUCUCCCGGCGACCAUUACGUGGCAGUCGGCACCGACGAGACGAUUCAAAUUUUCGACGCCCGCCAACGAGAAUACAUUAAAACGUUCAAUUGCUCGGUACUUAAUUCGGUGGCGCCAGCCACGCCUCCGCCAAACGAAAAUCGAAUAUUGUAGGGUCACAGUUUGGAGCUGCACCCGUCCGACGUGCUUUUGUCGGCCGUCGGCCACGACAGGAUAGUCCGCUUUUUUUGUCUCGAAACGUUCGAGCUCAUCUCACAAUCCGACGCGUUUUUAGACGAUAUUCAGGCGAGCGCGUUUGAUAGUGAGUUUUUUUGAGAAAAAAUUUUAAAAAAAUUUAAAAAAAUUUAAAAACAAAUUUUUUUGAAUUUUUUUGCCGCAAAAAUCGAUUUUGCAGCUUAUGUAAUGAUCGCGGCGACGUCGCCGGUGAACAGCAGCAAAUUUUUUUAAAAAAAUUUAAAAAAAAUUACAAUCAUUUUCGCCUCACAAAUCGAUUUUUUUCAGCUCAUGUAAUGAUCGCGGCGACGUCGCCGGUGAACAGCAGCAAAUUUAAAAAAAAUUUAAAAAAAUUAAAAAAUUUUUUUAAAUUUUUUUGCCGCAAAAAUCGAUUUUGCAGCUCAUGUAAUGAUCGCGGCGACGUCGCCGGUGAACAGCAGCAAAUUAAAAAAAAAUUUUAAAAAAAUUUUUGCCUCAAAAAUCGAUUUUGCAGCUCAUGUAAUGAUCGCGGCGACGAACGAUUCGAUCAAUUUGCUCACGUGGGAGCCGUGUUGUGACGUGUUAACGACGGUGCCGUUGAAAAAUGUGGAAAAAGUGAGGCAUUUUCGAGUUUUUCGUCAAAAUUUAGGCACAAUAUUGACUGACGAUGAUUUGAUGCGUUUUUCGGAGAUUUAUAAAAUCGAUUAGAUUUGAAUCUUUUUCAUACCGGCCGGGAGAAUUAUUGUUAUUAGACGAGAACAUCAGAAAUCGUGUUGCAGGUCGUGAACGUGAACGCGAACGGUCUCGAAUUGGACUUUAUUUGCAUUGGCGAAAAUACGGAACGUCUCGAAAUGAGGUCGUAUGCUAUAGAAGUGCGCGUUUUGCAAUUUUUCCCAUUUUACACUCACAUUUUAGGAACUAUUGUCAUAUUCUCCAAGUCACGAACUGUGCGGAAGCAUUUAUGAAGAAGAUGAAGACGUCGAAUCGGCCGACAAUUCGCCGAUUGAAGAGGUAUUUAUUUAUUAGACCUGAAAAGUUUUGAAUUCGCUACCGUAACCUUUUGAAAAUUUAAAGGCGCGCGCGAGUGGAGCACUCGAUUUUUGGCGAAGCAGCUGCGCAAAAAUUUCGAUUUUUCGCUCAUUUUCCAUCAAUUUCGACGAUUUUCAGACGAAACCGUUGCCAGAAAUGUCGUCCUCGCCGGUGACCUCAUCGGAAGAGCUCACGGAGACGUCGUCAUCGCCGGUGAACAGCAGCGGAAGCAGUCAUUCGAGUCCCGCCAGUCCCGCAAAGGUUUGUGAGCGAUUUCCAGCGGAAGCGUUGAAAUGUCUCUCAUUUAGUCGUGUAAAAUAGAUUUUCCUGCUUUUUUCCCGGUAAAAUCCCAGAAAAUCCCGGAAAAUUCUCAAUUUUUGCAGCCAGCCUCGAUAAAACAACGAUCGGCGUCGCAAAAAGCGUCGAAAUCGCCGUCGUCGACGUUGAAAUCGACGGUGCCGGUCUCGAAAGCCUCCUCGUCGCGUUCGGUGACGCCCGCCAUGGCAAAACCGCCGAUGACGCGCAGCAUGGCCGCCGCACAGUCGCGCAGUGCCACCGUCACGUCGAGUACGCCGAAAAGUUGCACAUUUCCUGAAAACGCCUCCUUUUCAGAGCCUCUUUUGGGCGGAUUCCGCUCGAAACCGUCGCCGUCAAUGUCGGAUUUGAGGUCGACGAAGACGAGCUCGAUUGCCGGAUCCACACAGUCGCUGAUCAGCGAACGGGGUCCGAAGACGCGCUCCGUCUCGAGACAGUGAGUUUGCAGAGGAUUUUUUGCAUUUAUGAACUAGAAAUAGAACACGCGAAAAGUUAGGAACAUUGUGGGGCCCAAAGAAUUUGCAAAACCUAGGCCGCCAAAGUUAAGCAUGCAAUCUCUUCAUGAAUAAGUGACAAGUGACCACCAACACGAAGCCCACCGAUAAGAAGCCGAUAAUCCGCUUCCCUCGUUUCCUCUCUUUGCGCCGCCCGUCUGAGUGGUCAAGCCCGUCGCCCCGGGGGAGCAUUUAUCGGUUGCUAUGACGGCCAUUUGCGCCGUCCGUCCGUCCGUUCUCUUUUCUCUUUCCAUGUGCUCCUUGUUCUCAGAGGCCGCCUUCGAAGAGGAGGAGAAGGAGAAAAUUGACGUCUUCCGCCGUUUUCCAUCUCUCUCUCCUACUCUUCGCCACAGCCCUAUGUGAGCCCUAUCCAAUUGGAGCAGAAAAGAAGUUUGGCCUUUUUUCUUUCCACCUUCCACUUUACUCUUUUUUUUCCUUUUCUUCCUCAGCUCCAACCGCUUCAUUUCCGUUCGGAAUCUCUAGGGAUGGCUUUGACGAGUGUCAGUGUGUACGAGUUGAGCCGUCUCGCGUACCCCUCGGCGCAGACGACGUCCGUCCGGAGACGUUCGAAUUCGACGAAAGCGCGACGAAAAGAUGGCGGCGAUUUUUGUUCGGUGGAGAGAAGAAGGUUCGGGAAGCCGGCGAGAACUAGAUUUUUCGUUUUAAAUUGAGCCGAAAUUUUUAAGAUAGACACUCUUACUAGGCUCCCUGUAGCUGGCCUAAUAUUUCGUCUUCCAGAAGAAACCAGGAGCCGAUCACGAUCACGUACCUCGGCCGCCCACGCACCCCCUCCGAAGGCGACGUCAUCACCUCGUCGACCACGAAUGGAACGCAUCGCCGUUCGUCUCCAGUCGUCAAGAAGUCGGUCUCAUCGGUUUCCCCAACCAAAAAGUCGCCCGGACGGUCCGUCUCGGCGGCGCCGUUCAAAAAACAGAACUCGACGUGCUCGUCGGUCUCCUCGACCACUGGCGUGCCGUUCGGCGUCUGGUCCGCCUGCAUUGAGACUGUCAAUCAGAUUGGAAGUGCGGCGAAACGCGAGAACAAAAGUGAGCGCUCCCUUUCCGCGCGUGGUCUCGAAAAAGCUGUUGCAGACAUUCGUCGCCUCAAAAUGCUGACGUCUCGCCGGCAGAACACGGACGUGCCGCCCGAAGUGUGCUCCGACGAACAACUCGUGCUCACCGCCGUCCGCAUUCUCAGCCACAACAAUGAUUGGUCGCUGAACACGUGUCACGCCUACAUUACCACGAUUAUCGGUAAGGACCGGGCGGCGUCUACUUGAGAUUAAUGUUUUUAACGAUGCUCAGCUGUUUUAGGUGUAAAAAUGUGAACGCAAACAGUUGAACACAUCCCAAUUUGCAGAUAACAUUGCAAGUGUGGACACGCUCAACCGCAAUAUCGCUCUCACCGGUCUCGCCGCGAUUGCGAGCUCGUUGCGCGAGAGGCUCGUCAAGUUUGCCAACGCGAAUUCGCAUCGAAUCGGAGUCGACGUGGCGGCCGAGGAGCGCGCCGAAAAGGCGAAAUUCUGCAUUCAGGUUUGUAUUUUGGCCUAAACAAUUCAACAAUUCUAUCAAAUGUCUUCAGCGCCUCCGGGACGUCGUCAAAAAGCGCGACUGGUACUACAAGCAGCUGGACGAGGCGUCGAUUCUGAAACUCGACGUCGUUUUGGAGCAACUCAAGAAGAUUUGA